AUGAAGAUGUCGAAAGAAAACACCACUCAACUGUGGAACGCGGUUAUAGAUAAUGACCACGCUUCUUACAACCGCAUCAACAGUCGUCUUCUCAACGCACCCACAGCACUCAAACAUGUCCCUGUCCGCGUAUAUGUCCCUACCAGCGGACCACAAUCGUCGGCAACGCAUCCAGAACAUGCCACCUUUAAAGUCAUCCAAUCCCUCGUCACAGCGACUGGCUCGGACCGUCGCCCUAAGCUCCUAGGCCAAGCACUGAAAGAGGUGCUGCCGGGGCUGUUCCCAAGCAGUCGGGAUCCUAUUCUCGCAAAGGCAGUGAUGCAUGGAGCUGGCGUGCCGUUUGACGCACCUCUCGAGGAGUUGAUGCGCGAAGCUGCCUACCCUGACGGGUGGCUAUGUCUAGUCGUUAUUGUUUUGUGA